UUAAUUAAAUACAAUACUUAAAUUAUUCAGAAAAUAUUUUUAAGUUUUAGCGCCAUGGGUAAAUUAGAUGGCGUUGAUGAUAAGCGAGCUACUUAAAUUCUAACCAUAUCUAUAAUAUCAUAUAUAACAUAAAAUCAACGUAUAAUUGUUUUAAAAUUUAAAUAUGGCGUAUUCGUUCGGCUUAUAUAUCUGAAUAAUCGGAAAUAUGAACUAAAAGAAUAAAAAAAAUUUAAUACUAGUGAUUAAAUCGUAUUCGAAAUAUUUUAUUGGCUAUGGGUAGUUUAAUUUGGAGACAUUUUAUAAAAACCUCAGACGGUGGAAUGUGUAAAUAUUGUAAAAAAUACCUCAAGUCUAAAAACACCACGACUAACCUACACAAUCACCUAAUGUCAAUUCAUAAAAUUGAAGUUAUGCGAAGAACUAAAAAAUCCAAGGACCAACCACCUGAAAAUAAUUUAAACUCUCAUUUAAAUAAUCAUUGCGAUGAUGCAAAUAAAGAUCCCGUAAUCGACAUAGAAAAUAAAGAGACGACAGACAACAAUAAUAACGAUCAUUUAAAAGUGACGAAUCAGAAGCCAGCAGCAAUCAAGACCACGCAGCUACAAAUUACCCAAGUUAUAAAAGAUGUUAAAUCAUACCAAGAUGGUACAGGAAAAGCUGAACAAAUAACUAAUGCGAUUUUGUAUAUGAUAAUUAAAGACUGCAUGCCAUUUCGCACAGUUGAAAAAGGAGGAUUCUUAAAUUUUAUGAAGCUUCUCUCGCCACUCUACAAGGUUCCUGGUCGGGAUUCAAUAUCAAGGAUGGUUGAUCAUAAGUAUGAUCAAAUUUCUUCAGCAGUCAAAUGUAGAUUUUUGAAUGUGAACGUUGUAAGUAUCACCUGCGAUGUGUGGACCGAAACAACCAACACUCAGAGCUUUCUAGGUGUGACAGCUCACUAUAUUUACAAUGAUGCUUUGACAUCAUCAAUUAUUGGCGUUACUGACUUAAAUGAAAGUCAUACUGCUGAAUAUCUGGGCACGGUAUUAAAAAAUAUAUGUGAACAGUGGAAUCUUCCAACGAUUGCGGCUGUAGUUUCAGACAACGCAUCGAACAUCACUGGUGCGAUCCAAUUAAAAUUUAGUUCAUCUAAGCAUCUCCCUUGUUUGGCCCACACUGUUAAUCUGGUCGUAACUAAAGCAAUCCAAUCAACUGAAAAUUUGGAUCUUUUAUUAGAAAAUGUCAAAGAUAUCGUCUCUUAUUUUAAGAGAUCGGUAAAUGCAGCAGAUGAACUAAAAAAAAUAACUGGUGAUAAUUUUAAUGAGCCAAGUAGAUUGAUUCAAAGCGUAGCAACUCGUUGGAAUUCCACAUUCUACAUGCUGGAUCGUUUUUUAUUAUUAAGAAAAGACGUUACCAAUGUUCUGAUUUCACAAACUAGUAAAACGCCUAAUGUAAUAAUUGGUAAUGAUAUAGCAAUAUUACAAGAAAUUACUGAGUUAUUAAGACCAUUCGAGGGAGUUACGCGAGAUGUUAGUGGUGCAAAGUACGAAACAUGUGGUAAAAUAAUACCAACAGUCUAUAAUUUAUUUGAAGAUUUAGAGGCAUUAUCAUGUAAAUCAGACGUAGCGAAAAAUUUGAAAAAUAAUUUGAAAUGUGAACUCAAAAAGCGAUUUGAUAAAAUUGAAUUUAAUGCAAUACCGGCCAUCGCCAUGCUAUUGGAUCCACGUUUUAAAAAAAUGUAUUUUCAAUCCUCUUUAGCUGCAUCUAAAGCAAUUUCUCAUGUAAAUGACAAAUUACAAAGUUUAAAAAAGUCAGAUGAACAGCGAGUCGUUAAUAAUGAAAAUGAAAUCUUAAAAUUACGAGGUAUAUGGAAACAUCACGAAAAACGAGCUGCGGAAUCUAUGAAGUUUGUCGAAGAAAAUAACAUUGGUCAUCAUUUUGAACUAAAACAGUAUUUAAAAGAACCGCCAAUUUUAAUUAAUGAAGAUCCGAUUCAAUAUUGGAAUUCACGUAAAAGUUUUUUUCCAUCUCUCUAUAAAAUUGCAGAAGAAUACUUAAUUAUUCCGGCGACGUCGGUUCCUUCAGAGAGACUUUUUUCCACUGCUGGCCUGAUUAUGACAAAACGUCGGAAUCGUAUAAAACCAGAUAAAUUUCAAAAAAUUUUGUUUCUGCAAUGUUUAGAUGAUAAAGACUGGUAAAAAAUUGAAACCAAGUAGCUAUGAAGUGAUUGUAGAUUAAUCAGUCAGUAUUUUUGAAUAAUCUGGUCAUGAGUAAUUAUUUAUUACUCUUAUUAGUAUUAUAAAUUAUAAUAUGUAAAUUUGUGAUUGAUUAGAAUCUCAUAGAAACGUUUAAAAAUAACUUUUACUAAGAAAGUUUAAAAAAAAUAUUACUAAACAUAACCAAAGGGAUUAUAGAUCAAUUGAUCAGUAUUUUUAAAGAAUAUGGUUUUUAGUAAUUAUUUAUUAUUCUUUUAUUUUGAAAUAAUAUUACGUUGAUAUUAAUUAAAAUCUUAUAAUAAACGUUAAAAAAUAUCUUAUGCUUAUAACGUUGCAAUAUAGUAUUAUUAAGUAUAAACAAAGUGGUGAUAUACUAAUCGAUAAUUAUUUAAAAAUAAUCAGUUAUUUAGUAGUUAUUUAUGAUGUUUAAAACACGUAUAUGAUAAACGUUUAAAACUGUUUUUUACUAAAAAGAUUAAAUAAAAAAUUAUCAAACAUGAACAAAGUAUUUUAUUUGUUAUUAUUUUAAAUAUAAAUGACCAUAUGAAAAUUUUAUGUUUCAAAAUACAAACUUAUAUUAAUACGCGGCGAUACUUAACUUUAAAAUAAAAUUUCGAAAUCGAUUUUCAACAAUCGAUUGUUAAGCUAUCGAUUCUGCAACUAUAAAGUUGGGAGCGAAAAAAAUCGUUUUUUUUUUUUUUUAAAUCGAUUAUUUCAAUAAUCGAUUGUUUAGACACGAUUAAUUACCAUAAUCGAUUGUCUUCAGUCGAUUCUAUUCGAUUGUGAACAAUCGAAUAGUUGCUUCGAUUUCGGCAA